UAGCAGUCGCAAGAAAAAAUAAGAAGCAAAAACAAUUCAUAUUUCACACGCCGUUUUCUUAUAAUAAUAGCUUUAUCUGAGCAGAAUUAGUAUUCAUUGAAUAGUGUAGAACGACUCUGUUGUUUAUAAAACCUACAUUUUAUAAUAAGCUUACCUGACGUACAAUGAAGAAAAAACAGUUUACUCUGUACGGAUUGCUGAUUAUUCAGUGUUGUGCAUUAAGCCCAGCUGUUUCAGCAAAAGGUCUCUUAGUAACUAGUAAAGUCGGCAAAAUACAAGGCCUACGCGCAACAGAUGGAGAAUACAACAUGUUUAUGGGUAUACCUUAUGGCAAAAUUGAUAAAAAAAAUCCAUUUGGGCUGUCAACUCCUUAUCCAAACUUCGAAGACAUUUUUGAAGCUUUCGAUGAUUCAGCAGUUUGCCCGCAAAGAGAACAAUUCAACAAAACUGUCGUCGGAACUCUCGACUGUCUCACCCUUAACAUUUACGCGCCCACGUGUGCUUCUUCCAGCAAUCCGCUCCCGGUCCUCAUUUACAUUUUCGGCGGAGCACUCCUCUUUGGUUCAGAUAGGAGAUACGUUUUUGGUCCUAAGUUCUUAGUGAAACAUAAUAUUAUUCUAGUAACGCUAAACUAUCGUGUGGGUCCUUAUGGCUUUAUGUGUCUCAAUAACCCCGAAGUUCCUGGUAAUCAGGGAAUAAAAGAUCAACGAUUAGCAUUAAGAUGGAUCAAACAUAAUAUAGAAGCUUUUGGAGGUGAUGCUAACAAAAUCACUUUAUCUGGUCAAAGUGCCGGCUCCAUGUCAGUUGAUCUGCACAUACACUCUGGUGAGGAGAAUUUGUAUCAACAAGCAAUUCUACAAAGUGGAACAGUUUUGACGCCAUUUUUAUUUCUCAAUCCGGGAGAAGAUGGACCAUUGUUAUUGGCGAGACACCUAGGUUUGGAUACAAAUGAUGUUAAUAAAGCAUUGUCAUUUCUUGCCACAGUAGAUGCCAAUGACCUUAUUGUUGCAUCAGAAAAUACUAAUCUAACAUUUAAGGUGUGUGUUGAACAAAGUUUUGAAAACGUCGAACCAAUCGUAACUGAUUAUCCUGUAAAUUUAAUAACCCCGAGAGUUAAAAAUAUAUCUAUUUUAAUGGGAUUUAAUGAAGAAGAAGAACUCCGAAGUUAUCACAAUGUUGAUGUCAGAUAUUUAAAGGAUCACGAUGUGUUCAAGAAGUACAUCAGGGGAUUUUUUGACUUUGACAGUUGCACCUACACUGAAAUGAAAAAAGUUAUGAGACAUUUUUACUUUGGAGAUAGUGAAGUAGACGUAAAGACAACACAGGCAAUUAUAAACUUAGCUUCAGAUUUACAAGGUAAUUAUCCCGUUUUAAGAAGCUUAAGAAAAUACAUCACCAAUGGGGCAAAAACAACAUAUUGCUAUAUGUUUGGUUACGUUGGAGAUAGAAAUUAUAUGAAAUACACGAAAAACAUUACUAGGGGAGGAGCUACACACGCAGAUGAGAUUGGUUACUUGUUUGACGUAGCAUUCUUGCAACCGUUCAUGUCUGAAGAAGAUCGUCGUAUAAUCGAUGUAAUGACCACCCUGUGGACAAAUUAUGUCAAAUAUGGAGAUCCAACUCCCGAACCAACCGACCUGUUGCCAGUAACAUGGAAGCCUGUCACCGUAGACCGCUGGAACUACCUGGUCAUAGAUUCCGACCUCGCCAUGGCCACCAGACCCUAUCAUCAGAGUAUGGCGUUUUUGGACGUAUUCUUUAAACUCAAUCAGAAAUAUCAGAUUGGUUAUCAUAAUAACAAUGAUCAAAAUGUUUGUAUGAUCAAUCAAUUGUAAAAAUGUUUAAAUCUGACUUAUGAACACUUAAAUAAAAGCUGAGAUUGUGGUAACGCGGUUCCGUAAA